CACGUUACAAAUCGAUACAAUAGGUCGAACUUUUUGAACAUUUCAGUCAAUCCAGUUGAGUUCAGUUCAUUUCAGUUCAUUCACAUCAGUUCAUAUUAAUUCUGAUUGAUUCAUGUUACGCGAAGGCACAAGGAAAGGGAAGGUUACAUGCUACAAAAGUAUUUACAUAAAAAUACAGACGCAACACGUGCAAAAGAGAUGGAUUUUAUGGAGUUAUUCGAUUCCAAAGGCACGUUUCAAAGAAAAACAUUAAAAGGACCAUCAAGUAGAAAGCACGUACCAAAGGACAUGUCGUUGCUAGAUGCACAAUUAAGCGAAAAUGUAAGAAGAGGAGAGGCUGGAACCGAUUACGUCGCGGAAUAUGUGAAAAAAGAGGAGAAUGAACUUUUAGAGUCUCCGCAGAUUCAUAACACCGGUGAUCAAAAAAAUUUUGAACUCGUGUCGCAAGGUACAAUUCCUGUACAGGAGAAUGAAGAGACACUGAAAAUUUAUCGGACGUAUGAUUUUGCUUAUCAUACAAAACCAAAUUUGACGAUUACAUCUAAGAAAGAUGAGAUUGUUUCUAUGAUUGAAACCAAUUCGGUUGUAGUUAUACAAGGACCGACUGGUUGUGGAAAGACUACGCAAGUACCGCAGUAUAUUUUGGAAUCUUGCUAUAAAAAAAGUCAACACUGCAAUAUUAUAGUCACUCAGCCCAGACGUAUAGCUGCAAUAAGUAUCGCGAAAAGAGUUUGUCUAGAAAGGGAUUGGCCAUUAGGUACCCUUGUAGGGUAUCAAGUAGGUCUAAUAAAUGAAACAUGUCACGAUACACGUUUGACUUACUGUACUACAGGAGUCCUUUUACAUAAACUGAUCAAUGAGAAAAAUAUGUUGCAUUAUACUCAUGUUGUAUUGGAUGAAGUCCACGAGAGGGAUCAGGACAUGGACUUUCUCUUACUUGUAGUUCGAAAGCUUUUACGUACGAAUUCAAGUUCGGUAAAAGUUAUUCUAAUGUCUGCAACAUUCGAGGUAGACAAAUUUGCUGCAUAUUUCUCUUCUCCUCUGAGAAACAAACUUGUACCUGCACCUGUUAUUGAUAUUGCAAAGAAAACUAUUUUCAACACUGCCAUAUUCUAUCUUUGUCAAUUGGUUUCAAUGGGUCCGUUACCUGAUGUUUCUGCUAUAGAACCAAAAGUUACAUCUAAAAUGGUGGAAUUUUGUAUCAACCUUAUAAAAAUUCUCGACGAUGUGGACAUGAAAGCAGAUGACGCGAAUUACAAUCCAGAAACAAAUACCUAUGAAAGACACGUGAUUCUAGUAUUUCUACCAGGAAUCAAUGAAAUCGAAGAAAUGUAUAAUUUGUUAAAAUUACCAAAACACGACAAGUCUAAAUGGGAUAUAGUAGUGUUACAUUCGUUGAUUUCUAAUCAAGACCAACAAAAAAUUUUUCAAAGACCGUCCCCUGGGUACCGUCGCAUUAUCUUAUCUACAAAUAUUGCUGAAAGCAGUAUCACUGUACCUGAUGUAAAAUACGUAAUUGAUUUCUGUUUAACGAAACAACUUGUUGUCGAUCCUACGACUAGUUUCCAGAGCUUAGAACUUACGUGGGCGAGUAAAGUAAAUUGCGACCAAAGAGCGGGUCGCACGGGUCGUGUGAUGGACGGAAGAGUGUACAGGCUCGUGCCACAAUCAUUUUACGAGAAUGUCCUGCCUCAAGAAGGAUCACCCGAAAUGAUGCGGGCCCCGCUGGAAAAUCUAGUCCUGAAAGCCAAAAUGCUGGACAUGGGAGAACCCAAAGCUAUUUUAGCUCUUUCUCUAGAUCCACCCGAUCUUGGAAACUUGGAAAGAACGAUAUUGUUGCUAAAAGAAGUAGGCGCAUUAAUUGACAAGACCAAUAAUAUAAGAAAUCUCGAUGGAGACAUAACUGAUCUGGGUCGAGUCAUGGCCAGUCUGCCAUUGGAUAUUCAUUUAACAAAAUUAAUUAUGCUAGGUCAUGUGUUCAGUGUCUUGAAGGAUACUAUUAUAAUUGCAGCCAGUUUGGCUGUAAAAGAUAUGUUUAGUAAUUCGUUUCAGAAGAAGCUAUUGUCGUAUAACGUUAAACUCGUUUGGGCUGCUGAUUCUUGUAGCGAUUGCGUAGCGUUUAUGAGUGCUUACAAGGUGUGGAUCGGCGAGAAAGCCAAUCGUCGCAUAAACAGCGACUCUGCAGAAAAGAAAUGGGCAGCGAGAAACUUUUUACAAGUAAGAGUAUUACGUGAAGUUAAGGCCCUCAUUACAGAAUUAACGCAGAGACUAGAUAAAUUAGGUAUACGAGAAAGUGCGGGAGUGAAGAAAGUUGUUUGGAACGAUUCCGAACAGUCUCUCGCUUUAAAAAUCGCGAUCGCUGGGGCGUUCUACCCAAACUACUUCGUCAAGUUUGUACCAGGAGAAUCCAACGAGCACGGUGGAGUAAGAUUAUUAGGUGGGUUGGAUCCAUCUAAGACGGUGUAUCUACAGGGAUGGCCUCUGAGACAACCUGGAAUUCUCUACGCUCGUAGAAUUCAAGAUAUUUUUAAAGAGGAUGGAUCGUCAUCGAAGAACUUUGGAAAAGUGAGAGUAACUUUUGAUUCUUCUACUCGAGUUUAUGUUCAAUUUAUCGAUAAUAAAACAUCAGAAAAGGAAGGCGAUCAUACGUUGAGAAAGAUAUCACCGUCCGUUUACAAAGCUAUCAGAAUGAGACACUGUAAAAUUCCUAUGGAGAUACCUAUUUUAAAUGAAUAUAUCGCGAAUCAAAGGGCAGAAGAAAUGAACUUGAAUAAAAAAGCUUUCUUCAAUUAUGAUGACAUAAUGAAAGACAGCAUUAGACCUCAGUUACCAGGCUUGCGAGUGUCUCGCAUCCCUGUAAUAGUACAACAUAUCCAGGAUCCUGGUCGUUUUUGGAUACAAAUGCGUGAUACCAAAGUAAGAAAAGAUAUGGAGAAAAUACGAUCGGUCAUCGAGAGAACACAUCGUUGCUUGAAUCCCAUUAUUACGCCUCCAGAAACUGGCACACUUGUUAUCGCGCCAUUCGAACAAAAUAAUUGCAGAUCAUACUUUCGAGCAAUCGUCAAAGGUCACGUAGCGCUACCAGAAAUAUUAGUACAAGUAUUUUUCAUCGAUUAUGGUUUUUCGAGCGAUUGUCGACUAUGUGAUUUAAAAUGUCUCGAUAGCAGCAGCGAGAUUGCCAAUAUUCCAGCGUUAGCUAUCGAAUGCGUUUUAGCGAAUGUUCGACCAUUCGCAGCGCAUGAUUUGUACGACGAUUGGUCAGAAUCUGCGUACGAUUUCUUCAGAAAAUUAAUUAACAAACCUGGUCAAUUGUUCGGUAACAUUUAUUCAGUCGUUAGUAGCGUCAUCGCAUUGGAGCUAGUGCACGAAAGCAAAGAAAAAGCAAAGGAGAUCAAUAUCAAUCAAUAUUUAAUUGAUAAAGGUUUUGCGAUAAAGAAGAAAGAAGACUAUUUCUCGCAAUUUAAUAAUGAUCUAAGAUCGAAACAAUCAGACAUGUCAGACGAACAGUGUAAUUAUUAUGAAAAGCUGCAGUACAAUCAAGGUUAUAUUCCUGAUAUUUAUCCAGACCCACCUGAUAGUUCUGAAUGCUAUACAACAAUUAAUUUACGAGGUCCAUUUUCGCCAUUGGAGAUUGAAUUAAAACAUUUUAUCAUGACCGGCAGAGGCAAGCAAGUAAAAGUGGCCGCGAGUUCUGUCAACUCUGUUCUUCUGGACACUGACCCUGAAGACCCAGGACUUCUAGUUGCUGGAUCCGUUUCCCAGAAUAGACACGGGAAUAAUUUAGUGAUACACAAUACAACAUUAAUGCCACGUACUACUGGACUAACCGCUUUAAUUACAAUGAUUUUCACUCCAUGCAUGGAACUACGACGCGACAAAUUUGGAACUCAUUAUAUUGGCGCGUUAUGCGGAUUGGGAGCCGAUCCUGUCACCAAAAGAAGCAUUUUCCCUGAGCACGACAUAGAGCUGCAAUUCGAUGCUGAAAUUACCCUUAACGAUCUGCAAUUUAUAAACAGACUGCGUCAUUGGAUGAACAUUGGAAUGCAAACUAAAUAUCCAUAUGAAAGCAGCGAUAAUAUGGAACAAAUAAUUGUCUGUCAAAACAGAAUAAAGGACGCGUUGAGGGAAUUGAUCGACAAGCCAAGGAAGAAACGAGAACCGGAAUUAAUCCCUGAUUUCGAUAAAUGGAAUCUGUACGAUGAGUCUUUGUACUUACAACCCAGCAAGCUGUCUAUGAUCGCAAACAACAUAUUUAGAUUGCACAAUGCGUUGGAGUUAGAGGAAAAGUCAGAGUUACAAGAAAUUACAGAACAUCUGAAGGAGUUACGAGAGUUGACAAACGAGGAUCCCAGGAGACCUGAAAAUACUAAUAUUCAAUGUAAACUGUGCAAAGUUACGUUAGUCGACGUUUUCGACCUCCGCAGUCAUUUGUUCAUGAUAGAACAUAGGAAAAAAGAGAAACAAUUAGGAAUUCAAUUCUAAAACGAAAACGGCAAACGAGAGAUAUGUAACAAAGUAUUAGUGUUUAACGAAAGUUAUUUUGACAAUUAAUGAAUAUUGUGCCAAGUAAGAUAAAUUUUUGUUUCGAUUACUUUUCAUGUAUGUUUUACUUUUUUUACGAUCUUUGACGUAAUUUAAAUGAUUGUUUAUGGGAACACAAUACGAUUUUGUCUUAAUUUUGUAUUUGAUUAAUUAUUUUUUUAUCUAGUUUUAUAAAUAUGCAAUCGUUGCUUUGUUCCUUAGUGUAUAUCUUUUGUAGUUUCCUAAAGAAAAUAUCUAAUUUCCCCCCAAAAAUGUAUAAAACAGCAGUAAAGUACGUAAUAAUAAUAAUGUUUAAAAAAAGACAAAAUACUUCAAAUGUAUAUAUUUGAAUACUGUAAUAUGGUUGACGACUGUACAAUAUAAACUUUAUAUAC